AUGAACUCCACAGUCGGGGUCGGGAAUGGGACGGGAUCUGCCCAUUACAUGUUCUCAUUUUUUCAGGCUCUGGACAAGAAUCUGAUCGUUGUCAUUCUGGGAAUCUCCAUCAACUCUGUGAACGCCACGAUGGUCCACACGUUUAGGAAGCACUAUAUCCUGCGGUCCAACCCGCGGUACAUCCUGUUCGCCCACCUGGUGCUGAACGACAUGAUCCAGCUGACCAUCAGCAUCUCUCUCUUCAUCCUUAGCUUUGCAUUAGGCUCCAUCCCUGUCUUCAUCUGCCUAUUCCUCAUCCUCCCUGCCAUCAUCAGCACCAUGAACACACCUCUGAAUCUGGCUGUCAUGGCAACAGAAUGCUUCAUGUCCAUCUGCUUUCCGCUGCGCUACAACUACAUCUGUACAGUGAAGAGAACAUACAUUACUAUUGGGUUGAUUUGGGCAGUGAGCUCUCUGUCGGUGCUGCCGGACGUCUUCAUCCUUGUAGCCACAGAGCAGCACUUCCUCCUCUCCAGAGUUCUAUGUGAAAGAGAUACCAUGUUCAGGAGCAGCCUCAGUAAGGAGAAGAGAAACGCUUCUCAUAUCUUAUUCUUCGUGCUGGUCUGGCUGACACUGUUCUGUGCUUAUUUUAAAGUUUUGUUUGCAGCCAAAGCAGCAAACACAGACGCCACAAAGGCCAGAAACACCAUCCUGCUGCACGCCUUCCAGGUGCUGCUGUGCAUGACGACUUACGUGCAUCCUUUUUUACUGCAGCUCUUUAGAUUCUUGUUCCCUGAACAGAUGAUUUCAAUAUACUUUGCAAUGUUUGUCAUAACGCAGAUCUUCCCUCGGUUUCUGAGCACGGUUAUCUACGGUUUACGGGACAAGACCUUCAGAAAGUACCUGAGCAGGUACUGUAUCUGUGUCCAGACCAAAGCUUGA